AUGUUCUGGGACGCCUACACCCACAGCAUGCCCCAUGCCGAGUGGUUCGGCGAGUUCACCAUGUGGCUCUUCCUCUUCCUCGCCCUUCGCUACGGCAUCACCAUCGAGCGCAUUCCCAACCCAGAGCGCCGUCGUGGAGCCAACAUCCGCCGACAGGGUGGCGAGAUCCAGAUAGAUUUCUUGUGCCGACGUCCCCCUGAGCGACGCUGUCACCAAAUACCACUCCGCGAACCACAGUCUUCGGCUUCUCUUUGCGCCAACUGA